AGACUAUCCGCAGCACAGCAGUGGUCUCGCCGUCGGCGGCGGCCGGUAUACGGGACGGAUCUCGUUGGGCGUCGUGGGAGCAGAGCCCGCCCCGUGAAGGUCUGGCAGGUGGGCCCUAACCCUCCCAUGGCCGUUGCCCUUCGGAGGGAGAUAAAAUUCGAAAUGCUCUGUUGCUCUUGUCUUGUCGGCCGGCCGCCACUCGAAUCGAAUCGGAGGCAUGGCCGCCGCAGACGCAGAGCAGGAGAAGGAGCUCCUCUCGUCGGUGGUGGCCGACAUCCGGAGCUACUCAGGAUCCGACCCCCUCCGCCCAUGGCUCCGGGGGGUGCGGAAGAUGGAGCGGGCGCUGCCGCCGGCGACGCUGCGGGAGAAGCUGCCCAGGUUCCUCCAGAAGUGCGCCCAGGAGUUCCAGGACGACGUACGCUACCGCGACGAUCCCCGCUACCUCCGCGUCUGGAUCCAGCUGAUGGACUAUGUGGCGGAUGCGAAGCCAUUGCUCAAGAAGAUGGAGAGGAAUGGAAUUGGCCUUAAGAGAGCUUCAUUUUAUAUGGCUUAUGCACUGUAUUAUGAGAAGCACAAAAGGUUCAGUGAUGCAGAGAAGAUGUACAAUCUGGGGAUCCAGAACCUGGCAGAGCCUAUCGGUGAGUUGCACAAAGCACAUGAACAGUUUAUUCUUCGAAUGGAAUCAUACAAGAGGAGGAAAGAUAAACUGCAGGAAAGAAUGCCUAGGAAAGCUGAUCCAAGUGCUAAAAUGCCUACGAAAGCUGGGCCUAGUGCCACAUCGACGAACCAAGUUGAAGGUGAAAGCAGAAACAGUACACAACCGAAAUCCAAAACAACUCAGAAGUCAGGGAGCAGCUCCACUACAUUAGGUUGUCAUCCUCCAUUAGGGCCGGCUAAAGUUGGUAUGCUAUCCAGAGGCAACUCUGGAGCAAACUACAAUUUGUCCCGUUGUAAUAGCGAUGAUACUGUAGUUGUAAGGUUUGUAGGCUCUGCAUUGGUUGGGAAGUCAGAAACUGAAGACGCCUGCCAUCAUGGCCUUGUAGAACCAACUAUAAACACUAAGGAGGCUAUGGAUGCCAUCAAUAGCAUGUUUUUGGAGCCAGUGGAACCUGAGACAACGCUCAAGAGACACUCAAAUCGUGAAAAGACAAAUUCUAAUCAGCAAACAAGUGCAUUUGAUAUCUUUGUUGAUGAAGAUGAGCCUAACCAUAAUAAUCCAAAGAUGGUCCACAGCAAUAGCAUGAAGCAAGAGCAUUCAAAGUUCGGACAGCAAACAAGAGGUUUUGAGAUCUUUAUUGAUGAAGAUAGUCCUAAUGGCAAUGACCAAAAUGCGGGGCACUACAAGAACUCUAAGAAGGAAAACAUGAAGUCAAAUCAGGAAACAAGUGGGUUUCAAAUCUUUGUUGAUGAAAAUGAGGCUAACUGCAAUGUACAGAAUGCCAUGUGCCACAAGAAGAAUAGAUGUCCUCCAAGACCAUUGCAUGAUUCAUCUAGGCAUAAAGGCCAAAAUGACUUUCAGAAGUCAUUUGUUGGAGGAUUUGCAAUAUUGCCAGAUGAUGAAGAAGAACAAUGUGAGAAAAUUGAUGAUGGUGUCAAGACAAACUCCAGAACCGUGCAGCCUGCCCGUGAUAAUAAUACUUUGCUCUGUCCGGUUCAAGCUGAUUCAGGAACACUAUAUCAUGAACGUCCUCAUCCUGCGAGUUCUGGGCUUCAAGAGGACACGGUCAUUCAUAGGUUUGUUGGAUCCACUACUGAUGAUGAGGCUAAGGUAGAAAAUGCAUGCCACCAUGGAUUAGUCGAUCCAACUGUCAAUCUAAAGGAGGCUAUGGAUGAUAUAAACAACAUGUUUGGGAGACCACUAAACUUCAAGGGUGAGAGAACAAUGAAAAAAGCCAACACACUGUCAGAUAGAAAAGCAGCUCCAGUUUCCGGUUUCUCCAUAUUAGCUGAUGAUGACCUAAAAGAGAACACCUGCAAAGCCAGUCAGAGCAAUUCCUGCAAAUUUGGGGAUGAGAAUGGUCUAUUUGAUCCCACAAUCACGACUCGUGAUGUCAUGGCGGAGAUCAACGAUAUGUUUGGGAUGCCACUAGACUUCUAAGACAUUUGUUCAGAGUGAACUGAAUAACUCAACUGACAGUCAGACAAAUGCCUUCGCCUUUUUGCUCUUCCCUUGAGAAAUAUGCAGUGUAUUGGUGUAUUGCUGAUAUGAACUAUGAAGAGAGCUUGGAAUCAAUUGUCUUAUUUGGUGCACAUAUGCUUACAAAUGCAUUGCUUCUCCUGGUGCGGACAACUGGUGAUUCAGGGGGCGGACAACUGGUGAAGAUAUCUCGAGAGCAGGGCAUAGAUAGCAUCAACCAAGAGAUCCCUGUUGCGCUGUCAUAUAAUGCCGAUAUAGUGACAUUGCCACAUUGGCUUAAAUAUUGGCUCAAGGCCCAAUUUUUUCAUGCUGAAAAAGACGAGACUUGUGUAUUUGUUGGAAAUUGUAGCAGGCAUGGGUACGCAUGCUGCUCUGAUCAUCUGAUGCUUAUAAAAAACCCACUUUCUGAUAUCCAA